AAAACGUGUAGAAAAUUAAAAAGUACAAGCAAGUUUAGAUAAAAAAAAAUACAAGAAAGGAGACACGAAGGCAAGGACAUUGGCAACAGGAAAUGAGGCUAUGGAGAAGGGCUUCCGCAGCGUUGAAGGAUCAAAAUAGCAUCUGGAUUUCCAGUCUGUCUAGGCGGACGGCACUUCGGAAUCCCGACAUUGAAUCAGCCGUCAUAAAAGCCACCAACCACUAUGAGUCCUCGAUCGAUGUUAAGAAUACCGAUAGAGUUUUCAAAUGGAUUCGCCUCUCGACUUGCCAUGUCAAGCCUCUUGUUUGGUCAAUAUCGAAUCGAAUGGAGAAAACGAGAAGUUGGGUGGUGGCUCUAAAAGGAUUGAUUCUUAUGCAUGGCGUCAUUAACUGUAAUGUACAGGCCGUCCAGAAAGUUGGAAGGUUGCCAUUUGAUCUGUCAGAUUUCACAGAUGGGCAUUCUGAUCCAGGGAAAACUUGGGCACAUAACGCAUUUAUUCGCGAAUACUAUGCGUUCCUUGAUCAGAAAUCGAUCAUAAUUUAUCAGAAUUUUGAGGAACGCAAAGGACAGAAAAUUGUUUCGAUAAUUAAAGAGCUUCAGUUGCUGAAAAAGCUGCAAGGUUUGCUUGAUUUGUUGCUGCAGAUUAAACCAAAGUCGAAUGCAACUAGAGUCCCUCUUGUGCAGGAUGCCAUGGAUGGAAUUAUCAUAGAGAUUUUUGAUAUUUACAGCAAAAUAUGCAGAGGAAUUGCCAUCAUUCUUGUUAAUGUUUAUCCUGCUAAAAAGGCUGAGGCAACAAUGGCGCUCGAACUUGUGCAGAAAGCGAAAGCCCAAAGCGACCAUCUUUCCUUACAUAUCAAAUUUUGCCAACAGAUCGGGGUAGUCAAUGCAAUGGAAUUUCCCAUGGUUGAGAAAGUCCCAGAAGAGGGAGUUGAAGAGCUUAAGGAAAUAAUCAAUGGAUUAUCAGAGUCGGAGAAAUCCUGUAAUGUGAAUGAAUUGGGAGAGGAUACAGCAAUUAUUUUGCCAGAUUCUGAAAAUGCCAAUGAAGGAAAAGAUUUGAAGAAAACAACUAUAAUCACCGAUAAAUGGGAGAAAUUCGAAGAAGAUCUUAUGAUAGUCAGCCAAGAAAAUCCAUUUUCCGCUUCUUUGAUUACACCUGUGCUUCAUUCGAAUAUAAAUAAUCAAGAACAGCAGCCCGAUUUGAUCAAUUUCUAGUAGUCUUUAAAUUGGAUUUGCAUCCCAUUUGAAGAGCCUUCUCAAUUGUAUCAAAAAUAAAAAUAAAAAAGAAACCAAAGAAAAUGCAAAUAACUGAGAAGAUGAUCACAAGGAAAUGCUUCAAUUUUCACGUGAGAAAUUUUGUUAUUGUUUUAAUUCUAAUCAUUGACAAUUUCUGAGGAUCAAGUAUUAUAUUUUGCAAA